AGCCUGCGGGCGGCCGCCGGUGCCGCCGCCCCGGGCCGGGGGUGCCAUGGAAGAGCCGCCGCCGCCGCCCGCCUGAUCACCGAAGCCGCCGGCACCGAGACAAAGCGCGGGGCUGCCCGCCGCGCCCGCCCGGCCGAGCCAUGGUGGAGCCGCCGGCUGAGCCUCCCCCGCAGCCCUGCCCGGCGCCCGGGGGGGCUGCGGCGGCCGAGCCGGCCCGUACCGGGGAGCAGUCGCCUCUGCUGCACUUGGACCUGUACAACUUCGACUGCGCGGCGGCGGAAGGCAGCCGGUACGUGCUGACCAGCCCGCGGUCGCUGGAGGCCUGUGCCCGCUGCGCCGUGCGGCCGGUGGAGCUGCUGCCGCGAGCGCUGGGGGAGCUGCUGCGGGAGGCCCCCGGCCGCUCCAUGCGGGUGGCCGCUGGCCUCUACGAGGCCUACGAGCGGGAGCGCCGCCGCAAGCUGCAGCAGUGCCGGGAAGAGCGGGAGAGGAUUAUCCGGGAGGAGAAGAGACGGAUCCUCGCCCCCCUCGGCAGCCUGCCGCCCUCGCCCGCCGCCCGCGUCGCCCCCCGCGCCGCCGCCGCCGCCGCCGCUGCGCCCCGGCCCCAUGGCGGGGGCAAGGCCACGGCGUCGGGUGGUGCCAAGGGCAAGAGCCACUCCUUGGACUCGCUGCAGAAGCGCCGUGAGGGCAGCUGGGGCAAGACGUCCUCCGAGUCGGGGGCCUCGUCCUCCUACAGCGGGGAGAGCCUGCGGGAGCGCGGGGGCAAGGUGGGCGGCCGGGGCCGGGGGGCAGCCAUCGCUGCCGCCGGUGGGUCCCUGCUGGGGCGCAGCUUCAGCCUGGGCGACCUCAGCCACUCGCCGCAGACCGCCCAGAGGGUGGAGAGGAUCGUCAAGGAGGUGAAGAGGAGGAAGGGUCUCUCGGAGGUGCCCGAGAGGGACAAGAAGAUCGCGGCGCUGAUGAUCGCCAAGCACCAGGAGGCCAGCCUCCUGCGGGAGCAGCGGCAGGCGGCCCACCGGCAGUGGGACAGCCAGCGGCGCCUGGCAGAGCAGCGGAAGGAGCAGGAGGAGGAGAAGCGGAGGGCCCUCCUGCAAGGCCAGAAGAUGUGGGAGAGCCAGGUGGAGAAGCGGCGGGGGAGGCUGAGCCAGGAGCAGGAGGAAGCCGCCCUGCUGAAGCGGAGGCAGCGCCUGGUGUGCGAGGAGAGGUGGCGGGAGCAAGCAGAGAAGCAGGAGCGGCUGCGGAGGGAAAGGCUGGAGAGGGCUGUCCAGGAGGACAAGCAGAAGAAGCUCCAUCAAGAGCACAACCUGAAGGCGAAGGAGGCGGGCAAGAAGGAGCACCGGGAGCGAGAGGAGCAACUCCUGCAAGAGAAACUGUCCACAGCUGCGCAGAAGAGGCAGAAGAAGGAAGUGCAGCUGCAGAAGGAGAAGAAGCUGCUCAACCAAGCAGAGAAGCUGAAGCACGAAGCCUUGCUCAAGGAACUGGCCAAGCAAGAGGCAGAAGAGAAGGAAAUGCUGAAGGCCUCCCUGGAGAUGAGUUUGACAAAGGCUCAGGAGAACUAUGAGCAGUUAGUGGAGAAGAGGAACCAGGAGCUGAGGGAGAAGGCCAGGCGGGAGGACAUGCAGAUCCAGAGAGCCAAACUGGCAGCAGAGAAGAAGGAAAGAGAGCAGAAGGAGCACUUGGAGGCCCUGGCUAGAGAGACAGAGAGAAAGCUCCAGCAUGCUGCCCAGGUGGCCGAAGAGGUCGUCCAAGAAAAAGCCCGCAAGGUGGUCUUGAGCCGUCUGGAGAAGGAGAAAGUGCAGAAGAUGAACAAGCAAAAAGUGGAACAGUACGAGGACUUACGGCGCAGGGAGAUCCUCCUUUCUAUAGAGAGGAAGCUGGAGAGGAGCGAGCAGAUCUUCAAGGAGAAGAAAACUGUCUUAGAAAAUGCUAGGUCUGUCGCUCGGGCAUCCUUCCAUGUCCGGGAAAAGGUACGGGAGGAGACGAACGUGCGCACCUUUGAUAAGAUGGCCUUGGAAGCAGAACUGCACGCCCACCUGAAUAAGAAGUGAAAGAUCUUGUCAUGGAUGAGUGGGGAUCCAUCACCGGUUGUCCAUCAUAAUACAUCAGAAAGCUCCUCUGCAUUAACAUUUUAAAAACAACAACCAACAACCACCCUAAUUUCUUAUUUUGAGGGAGCAGGGUACUGCACAAAAACGUGGCAGCUAUUUCACAUACUGUUUAAAAUAUGGUUUUGUUCUGGGCAUGUUUUAAGGACUGACCUUGGUCACCUUUGCAGAGGGGAAGCAAGUUUUUGUGUCCUCCACCCCACAAGCACACGCGUCUUCUCAGAGAGGGCUGCAGAAGAAGUCUGAUAGAAGCCUGUAUGUUACCGAUUGAUUGUCUACGCCGGAGCUGACUACAGCUGCACUCUUUGGAGUUGGAAAUGUAGGCAACACAGACUACUGACUACGAACCAAACCCACCCCAGCUAAUUCUGGCUUGAGUGGCAGGCAGCUUGGUUUAAGUUACGGGACUGCAUUUUCAAAGUACAGAAUGCCAUAUGUCCCUCACCAGCUGCUGGUACCGAGCUAGAGAAAGCACAGAUCAAGAUUUAAUACCAUGUAAGUAGAUGUUAUGAUCAGAGCUGGUCAGAAGCUGUUAAAGUGCUCACAAUUUCACUUUCGCUGUUUGCAACUGUUGCUCCUCCCAGGUGUCCUCAGCUCUCCUUCUCCCUUCAAAGUUCCUCUUACAAACACCCGUACAAUUUCUUCUUUUCUUUUGGAGGAAGGGGGAGAAGGAGAGAAGUUUGUGGGCAGUCCACAGACUGACAGGCACCCAUGAAACCCACUUGUUCAUAAAGGUACAAAAAUGAAUGAACCUGCAGAAUCUGGUCUUUGUGAAAAACAUGGGUCAUUUGUAAAUGGAAAUCUGCAAACAGAUUGCUUAGAGAAAUUGCCACCUUCGGGAACUCUCAAAACACAAGGAGACCCGCAGCAACCUUACCCAACUUGGCCUGCCUUAGCAGGAGGUAGAACCAGGUGUCCUCCAGAGGUCCCUUUCAACAUAAUAGUUCUAUGAGCUGCAUACAAUGAGAUGUUCACCCAGCUCUUAUCACCACCUACUGAGCAGGGCAGCAUUUAUCUGUCCACUGGUGCUAACAGUUGUAUUGUUAUAUAGGGCACAAGAAAGAGCAGAUGCACAAAAUAAGGUAUAUUACAGAUUCUCUUAGAUGAGGAUCAUGGCUUUUUUGUAACUCAAUACCAUUUAGAGGGAACAGAGUCCUGCCAUUAAUGCACUGGAAAUCUGAAAAGCCUACCUACGCCCCAUGUACAGCAUUCAAGUAAGACAGUGUUCUGCUCCAGGUUUCUAUGUUUUCUCUCUGCUGGGUUGGAGUUACGAGCACACAUUCAAGCCAGGCACAUUUUGCUGUUUUUUUCUGGCCCUGGGCAGUGCCAGCUCCCUCUUCCACCAUCCGUGAUGCCAUGCUGGGUUGCUGUGGUGAUAGCAUCGGACCUGGUGCAUGGGGGAGAAGCAGCAAGAACAGCCAGGAUCUUGUUUCCUUGUGGAUGUCUCUGAUGUACAACACAGUAGAAGAGAAAACCAGAAGAAGGUUGACAUGUGGCACAGACAUGCAGUCCUGCAUGCGUAGAUUGCUUACCAGAAUUUCCCAGGAGGUGACAGCAGGUCAAAAACCUCUUAGAAGGCUUUAAGGAAGGUGUUAAAUGAACAGCAACAACAGUAGGCCAAGCACCCCCUGAUGCCCUGCAAGGCUGGAGACAUUAUACAAACACUGUUGAAAAUGAAGCAAGUAGGGAUUUUCUUUGAUUUUGAUGGAACUUGCUCUUCUUUGAAUCAUGGUACAAUUGGUGCUGUCGAGGGCAGGCAGCAUGAAAGUAGGAAUUGGGGCACCUGGGUGAUGUUUGUUCCGUCAGUCAUUGGCUCGCUGUGUAACGCCAGGCAAGUCCUCAGGGGCUGGCUCUGCUCCUGGCGCUAUACACAGAAGCAGAGUCAGACUCUCAGGAUUGCUGGGACUCGCAGGAAAUAGCAACACUCAGCUUGGCAAAACACUUCAAGGACUUUGGACAAACGAUGCUAACAAAGCACAAAGUACUAUUUUACUAUUAAUUAAUUAUUUAUUUGAGUGGUUAUUAAAAUAAAACAUAUCUGUUGGUGAAAAGCACUCAUUAACACCAAAAUCUAAAAAUACCGGUAGCUGUGGGAAGGACAGCUGCGUUACUGUUUCUAGCUAGGAGUCUGUCCCCUCACCCAUAUCCUCAAAACAGCAAUCGGUCUGAACGGUGAAACCAAUCCUGCUGCAACACUGGACAAGGUCCUUGAUAAAAACCAGCCAUCUUCAUGUGUUGUUUGUACCGCAGUGGUCCAUGUGUGCCCUUGUAGCUGCAAAGACCUAGAAAAGAGAUGCCCAGUGGCCCAAAUCCAGCCUGCACAAAACUUCCCUUGCUCCCUGGCAGCAUUUGAGCUGGGGUAAAACCUGCAGUGACUCCAGCACAGCCAACAUUUCGUUUUGUUUGCAGCCUUUGGGGCUGCAGAGAAGGCCUGCCAGCACAUGUGUGAGGGAUCGUGCUCCCCGCAUCAUCGCACUGUGGUUGAAGUUCACUGCUUGGUCCAUUUAACAGAGGGCAAAUGGGGAGAGCUGGGAAAUGAGAAAGAGGGCAAAAUGUGGUGGGCGAAGGAGCAAACACGGUCUCUAGCUGGAACAGCAGUUUUUCCCUAAAGGUCUCCUGCAAUCUACCUGAAGGCUUUGUCCAAACCUCCCUCUGAUGGGAUGCUUCCAGUGUAGAUCGAGAACAUUUUACAGCCCAGGAAACACAUCUUGGCUACUGACUGUAAUUACACCUGGGGUCCAUCUCCUGCUGUUGGCUGACUUUAACACCCUGAGGCUACAGCCGAACUAAUUGAAACACACCUACAUGGUGGCAAUUGGAUUGGCAAACUACUGUUCUUAUACCAUGAAGUGUGCAGCUCAAGUUCUGAAUGUGCAAUCUAAGAAAAAAAUAUUUUUUUUCAAAAGA